CGACUAGACUAAAAAAAGCUUUCUCUGUUACAAUUUUGUGUUUGGCUUACAAAACUUAAGAGACGACUUAGUUACAAAAAAAAAAAAAGCUUAAGAAACGACUUCAAGUCUUAAGAGUCAGCUAAUAAAGCCAUUUACACACGCAGACACACACACAAAAACAAGCUCUUGAGUCUCUCUCUGUACUUGUCCACUAUGAAUGCCAACGCUUAUGCACAAAACCAUUGAAGUUAGACAUAGCUUUAAGCGAAAUAUCUACCAUUCUUUUUUUUUGUAUAUAAGUAUGGUGUAGGUCUCCAAGAAAAGAACGAAGCUUGUGAAGUUAACCGAUGAAUUUCCGGCGAAGUGAUCCGACAAUAAGAGGUUUACGAGCUUCAACGGCUUUACUCUGUGGUGUUAUUCUGAUUCAGCUGUUUGCUGCUCAAAUUGAUGCUCAAAGACCAUGGCAGACACUCAGUGGUGAUGCUCCUCUUGUGAUUGCUCGUGGUGGAUUUUCUGGAUUGUUUCCAGAUUCGAGUAUCGCUGGCUACAUGUUCGCAAUGGAGGUAAGUGUACCCGGUGCUGUUCUAUGGUGCGAUGUUCAGCUAACCGAAGAUGGAGAAGGCAUUUGCUUCCCUGAUUUAAAACUGAACAAUGCUUCAAAUAUUGAAGAUGUUUACCCAAAUCGCCAAAAAUCUUACCGGGUUAAUGGGGUCCCUACCCAGGCUUGGUUCACCAUUGAUUUCUCCCUGAGAGCCCUCAUGAACGUUACCUUGAGACGAGGAAUAUUAUCUCGGUCAGAAAAAUUCGAUGGGUACCCGAUUUUGACGGUUCAAGACGUAGCCACGCAGAUUAAACCAACAAAUUUUUGGUUAAAUGUUCAGCACGAUGCGUUCUACACGCAACAAAAUUUUAGCGUGACCAGUUUUCUGAUAUCAACUUCAAGAACUGUUUCCAUUGACUACAUCUCUUCCCCUGAAGUGAAUCUCUUCCAGAAAACUUCUGGACGUUUGGGGCCUAACGGGCCAGCUUUCGUGUUCCGGUUUCUUGAGAAAGAAGAAUUGGAGCCGACAACAAACCAAACUUACGGUUCUAUCUUGAGUAACCUAACUUUUGUCAAGACAUUUGCUUCGGGGAUUCUUGUUCCAAAGUUUUACAUUUGGCCACUCGAUGACAAGCAGUACGUGCGUCCUCCUACAUCCUUAGUUCAAGAUGCUCACAAAGCAGGAUUAGAAGUUUUUGUAUCAGGUUUUGCAAAUGAUGCUGAUAUUGCAUAUAACUACAGUUUCGAUCCAGUGUCUGAGUAUCUAUCUUUUAUUGAUAAUGGUGAUUUCUCUGUUGAUGGCGUGCUCACUGAUUUUCCCAUUACUGCAUCUGCAUCCAUUGACUGCUUCUCCCACUUAAGCAGAAACGCUACAAAACAAGUGGAUUUUCUUGUUAUAUCAAGAAAUGGAGCAAGUGGGGACUAUCCUGGUUGUACAGACAAGGCAUAUGAAAAGGCAAUCAAAGAUGGUGCUGAUGUUAUCGAUUGCUCGGUCCAAAUGUCCAGCGACGGUAAACCCUUUUGCUCAAGUUCCAUAGAUCUUUCGGAAAGCACAAUGGUCGCACAAACACACCUCAGAAACCGUUCAACAACUGUUCCUGAGAUUAGCUCAGUUAGUGGAAUAUACACUUUUAGUCUCACAUGGCCUGAGAUCCAUGCCUUGACUCCUGCUAUCUCAAACCCCUUCAAAGAAUCUGUUUUAUUUAGAAAUCCGAUUGAGAAAAAUUCUGGGGAGCUUAUUUUGCUUUCUGAAUUCUUAAACAUGGCAAAGAACUCCACUUCUCUGUCCGGUGUUUUGAUCAGUGUAGAGAAUGCAGUGUACCUGAGAGAGAAGCAAGGGCUCGACGUGGUUAAAGAAGUUCUCGAUACACUCGCAGAAACUGGUUACAGCAAUGGAACAACCGCAACAAAGGUCAUGAUUCAGUCAACGGACAGCUCGGUUCUUGUUGAAUUUAAGAAGCAGAGCCAGUACGAGACUGUCUACAAAAUUGAAGAAAUCAUUAGUGAUAUUCAUGACUCUGCUAUCGAAGACAUAAAGAAAUUCGCUAACGCUGUUGUCAUCAGAAGAUCAUCAGUACUUCCCUUCCCUGAUAAUUUCAUCACUCGACAAACCAACGUUGUGGAGAGGCUGGUGAAGUCUAGGCUCUCGGUUUAUGUCGAACUGUUUCACAACGAGUUUGUAUCUCAACCAUUUGACUUCUUCGCUGAUGCAACCGUUGAGUUAAACUCAUACAUCACUGGAGUCGGUAUCAACGGAACCAUCACCGAGUUCCCUUUCACAGCUGCAAGAUACAAAAGGAAUCAAUGUUUGGGCAGAAAAGAAACUCCAGCUUACAUGUCCCCUGUUCCACCUGGUGGCCUCUUAUCUAGAACGAGUCCUACGUUCGCACCUCCAGCCUCAGCCCCAGCUCCAAGCUCGGUUUUCACAGAUGAUGAUGUCUCUGAGCCACCACUACCUCCGGUUACUGCAAAAGCCCCAACCCCAACUUCAUCAACCAAUGCACAAGCACCUAGGCCUAGCGGGCAAAUCCGACUCACUCUAUCUCUUCGUCUCUCUGUUUUUGCUUCUAUACUACUUCUGUGAUAAACCUUUGAUAUCAUCUUCUCCAUGUUCUAUUUCUGUCCAAAAACACAUGAUAUUCUUAGGGUGUUUACUUUCCCUCGGAUUCAUUCGAGUUAUUAAUUUUCCGUUGUACAUUAUACUUUUGUACUUUUGAUGUUGAACCAGAAAAUCACCACUAGAGUUUGAUUAACAGUUGUGGGUUUAGGAAAAUAAGAUAUUUUAUUAAUAGUAAGAAAGCGUAGCAAUUUAC